AUGUAUCUACGUUCUCAAAUACUCCAUGCCAGAAAUUUACACAGCUGCCGCCGAUUAUUAAACGAGAAUGGAGCGAAUAAUGUGAAAGUUCCCUUGCGCGAGACAGAGCAUACCGUUUCGGGAUCUUCCGAUGCUGCGAUUCAUCGCGUCAAGAUCUUUAAUCUUCCUUCCAAAGACAACAGUGCCGUGAAGCGAUUAUUCGAGUCUUUGGGUAUCAAACGACUCAGAAAAUCUCCUCAGUGGGAUUAUGGAUUUCUUAAUUUUCAGAAUGAAACGUUGAAAACGAAGUACAUUAAGAUAUCUCAAGAAGAAAUUGACAAACAGUUUGAAGCAAAGAAGAAAGCGGUGACCGAGGAGUUGCAGCAGGAUCAUCGAACGCCUGCCGAACAAUUAGCAGAUCAAGUGACCCCUCUUGCAAAACUGCCAUACGAAGCUCAAUUGAGAAAGAAGAAUCGAAAAGGGAUCAAGCAAUUGCUUGCCCUGAGACGAAAAUUGACCCAAUUGCCUGAUUUAACAGAAGCGAGCAAAGCGCAGAUAGCGUGGGCAUUUACAAAGGAGGAUUUGCCGUUUGAUAUUUUGGACCCUAUUGGAUCGCCCGUCAUCGAUGGAUAUCGCAGCAAAUGCGAGUUUUCCAUUGGCAAGGAUCUCGACGGAAAACCAACGGUUGGUUUUAUGUUGGGUUUAUACCGUGAAGGCAUCACGGCAGUGAUGGAUCCCAGUGCAUGUAUCCACAUUCCCGACACGGCAAAACGGAUUGCCAAAGCAACUGAAGAAUACAUCCAGUCAUCCGAACAUCCAGUUUAUGAUAAAGUGAACCAGACGGGGGUAUGGCGUUCAUUGAUGACCAAAACUCAGAGAUCGGGAGACGUGAUGAUAGUACUCCAGAUAAAAGUAGCCGAGCUUUCUGAGCAAGAGAUUGCGGCGGAAAAAAAGAAACUUGUCAGCUUUUACACGGACCUGCAACAGCAACUAGGUCAUAACAAAGUGAACGUUGCGACGGUACUACUGCAAUUGUGGGACGGACGUUCGACUGGAAUAACCGAGAAAGCACCAACCGAAGUCCUCCUCGGUGAUGGUUACAUUUACGAGGACAUGUUGGAUCACAAGUUCCGGAUAUCCAGUCAAGCGUUUUUCCAAGUCAAUACUUCUGCUGCGGAAGAAUUAUACAAAAAGUGCGCCGAGUGGUGUCACAUUGAUCGGUCCAAAAAGACGACGUUGCUUGAUUUAUGCUGUGGAACAGGCACCAUCGGUAUCACCAUGUCGAAAUCGGUGGAUCGGGUCAUCGGAAUUGAUAUUGUACCUGAAGCCAUUGCGGACGCUCAAGCCAAUGCAGCCUUGAAUAACAUUGAAAAUGUGGAAUUUACUGCAAGCAAAAUUGAAGAUCGCUUGGACAUGAUUGCUCAGCAACAGAAUGAUGAUGUGGUUGCCGUACUGGAUCCGCCACGUUGUGAUGCCAAGCAGGCGUUACCCAACUUCAUAAGUUUAUGUAAACCGACCUCCCGCCGGUUUACAGGAGCUCCCUUUGUCCCCUCGCGUGCAGUCAUAGUCGACUUGUUCCCACAUACAGAACAUUACGAGCUCAUGGUGGAAUUUGUUCGUCAGCCGCCAAGCUCUGCGACAUCUCCGCCUUUAGAGCAAACCAAUUCAUCGAGUGUCACCUUGUAG